AUGCUCGCACUGGGCCCUCGCUUCACAAGUGCUUUCUCUUCCGCAUCCAUAGUCUUUGUGGAUCCCGGUACGAUCACCCACUGUACUCCAGCCUGUAUUGGCACCAGCGACCCUUUUGCGAACGCGUCGAUUAGCUCUACCUCUAUCACGAGCAUUACGGACUUUAACAACAACCUCUCCCCGAGCAUCACUGUCACACCGACAAAAACCUCUUCUUCAAAUCUCCCAGUCCUCACCGGAACUCGCGCUUCCACGGAUAUAACCUCUGUCGGAACCAUCAUCUCGAACCCACCGGCCUCCCACUCGGGACCGCCAAACAACAUCAUCAUCCCCGUCGCCAUCGUAUCAGGUCUUUCCUUCGUAGCCGCAGCCCUAUUCCUUGCGGUCUGUAUUCAUCGACGACGACGGAGACGCCGCGUAGUCCAGGGCGUCAGUCAGUUUCGAAAUGACGACACGCAGCCACAGCGCACCUGCGUCGCCAUGGCAGAACACUCUGAGGUAUCAACGUCGAACGGUGUCACCUCUGCUAUGGCACAGCAAUCCGCUGGAGCCGAGGACGACGGUAGCACGUCCGGGCAGGACGGCAGUGCACUUUCUCAAAGCGGGAGCGACGUUCUUCGCCCAUGGGCUGCGUCUUCCCAAGUCAAAGGCUCGCGGAGAAGCCCUAGCUAUACGCAUCCGGGCCCCAAUUCGAAUGAAGAAUUCAUUAGGGCGCAGACGCAGAUACCGCCGGCACGACGAGACGCACCCUCAGCGCCCUCGACGGAGGCGGAUAGCACAGUCCUCCUCAGACUCCCUGCUGGCCUCGCUCAGGGAAUUAUGGCGCUGGUGGCGGGUGCAAACGCCGGUGCGGUCAGAUACGCAGGAGAGUCGGAAAAUGGUCAAGACUCGGAAUCGCUGCCCGCAUACGAGUCCGAGCCUUCCGGCUCUGAGGUGAACACUGGCAGAUCUUCAUAG